CUUCCAGUUCUGAAAAUGACAUGCUUGUUGACUUUUGAGGGUUACGGUGUUACCUUUGAAUUAAAAUAUUAGGUAAAAUUCCCAGUUUUCACUUUUGUAGUUUUAUGAGCGUUUUUGUUUUUGUACUCCUAAUGCGACUGUGCUAGUGUUAUACUCCCGUGAGAUAUGAGAGCUGCUGUCAUUACAUUUUGAUAAAUUCGAAAAUAUUUUUCUUGGUUGUCCAUCAGAAAGCCCUUAUGAUUUUAUCGUACAGUAGUGUCCCGUCUGUGGGAUAAACACUACGCUCAUUAUCACUUUCUUUCAAAACGCGUUGACGCCUGAACGGUUUUUUGGAGUGAUUAUAUUUUGCAGUUCCAAGAUGUCAUCUGGAUUUAUUCUGGCAGGAUUGGCCAUGGCGGGCGUAGGACUUGCAGGUCGUUACCUGAUGCGUUAUGGAAAGCCUAUCAUGCAGAAACUGGAACUCCCAUCUUCGGUAUCUGCAUUUGGAGCUACUUCCAGAUACUACAAAGGAGGAUUUGAACCGAAAAUGGAUAAGAGAGAAGCAUCACUAAUCCUUGGCGUCAGUCCAUCUGCGAGCAAAGUGAAAAUCAAAGAUGCGCAUAAGCGGAUAAUGGUGUUAAACCAUCCUGACAAAGGUGGUUCGCCUUAUCUAGCUGCUAAAAUAAACGAAGCAAAGGAUCUUCUCGAUGCGCAAAAGAGAUAGCAGGAUUUGUUUUAUGCCACUUUCUCUAAUUUUCGGGUGAAAUGAUUUGAUAUUCUGAUUGUUCUUCACUGAAUUUGUGAUCUGCCAUUUCUUGAGCGUGCUGUAAUCGAGCGGCAUACUGUUCUCGCCCACUGAUGCGAAACCAUAAUUACUUUUUUUGUAAUACUGAUUGCCGAGCUCCAAGAUGGUCGUUUUUGCUAGAAUUCAGUGAUCAUGUACACUAGACUUUUGAUGAGUAUUUGGAUUUUGGAAAUGAUUUUUCGGUUCAAUAAGAACGAUAACUCUG